AAACAAUGUCAUUUUUAUCAUUAGCCAAUUGCCAUCUAUGGUCAGCAAAUUUGUAUGACCGUUAAACAUUACACAUGACCAUAACCUAAUACACUAAUAUUAAUAUAUCAACGAAAAAUGGCUGAUACUGAUAAUUAUUCUGUAUAUAAUAAUGAUCCUCGGAUACCUUGCAAGUAUGGAGCUAAAUGUUACCAAAAAAAUUCAGCUCACCAUGAAAAAUACAAGCACCCCAACAAAAGGCUUCAUACCACGAAAUUAACCAGAUUAACGAACAAAAAACAAAAAACUCAGGAACUCAGUAAGAAAGCUGAGAAGACUCCAAGAAAUGAUAUUUCUGAUUCUGAAGAUGAAAAACAAACUGAGGAACAAUUUCUUCGUAAUGAAUUAAAUCAAAAUGAUGAAAAUAACCAACUGAGUAAGAAGAAAGUUCAAUUUAUACAAGAAAAUUCAAAAAAGACCCCAAAAACCUUAGAUAAGCAGAAAGCACAUCAGGACACCAGUAUUCAACAGAUCUCCUGCAAUGACAUUUCUGACUCUGAAGAUGAAAACCAAAUUGAAGAUCAGCCUGUCUCUAAUACAUCAAUUGAAAAAGAUGAAGAUAAGCAAUUAGAUGAGAAGGAAGUUCAAGCUUCACAAGGAAAUUUUAAAAGAACUCCAAAAACCUUUGAUAAGGGAGAAUUUAUUAAAUCAAAAUUUCUUGUUGAAAUGCCUGCUGAUUUUUACCAGUUUUGGGAGUAUUGUAAGGAUUUAAACAAUGAUGAUCCAUCUGAUGCCCUCAAAGAUAUGAGUUUAAAAUUAGUUGGUCCCUAUGAUGUUCUAGCUGGAAAGUUUUCUGAUAUUAUAGAACCAUCUUCAGAACAGUAUUUGUUGCACUGGAGAUAUUAUUAUGAUAUUCCAGAGUUUCAAACAGUAAUAAAAGGAGAUGACUCCUCAGGUUUUCAUAUUGGUUACUUUAGGGAUACUCCAAAUGAUAAGCCUGUUUUUAUGGCUAAGAAUUCUGCUGAAAAGAAUGGAGAAAUAACUUGUACAGGAGAUAACAUUUUUGCAGCUGUUUUCCUGUACCUAGAAGAAAUUAUGAAAAAAGUGAAUCCAUUCAAAAAAAUGAAUUUAAUGAAAAUUCAAUCUUCAUUGAAAUCUAAAGCAGAAGAAUUAGAUUUAAGUUUGUCUGCUAUAACACCUGAAAUUAAGAAGAGGAACAACAAAAUUGUGACUCGCUGUUUAAACAAAGCUGGACUUGUGGUGCCAUAUGAUAGAAAGACCCAACAAGGUUAUAGAGAAUUAUCAGUUUCUUCCAAAAAGUUAAUUUCUCUUCUACAAGAAUAUAAAGUAGCACCAAAUGAGAAAAAAUUAAUAAUAAAAACACAGUUAGAAGAAGUAUUUCGUUGGGCUAGUAUUGCUUUAGAUGAGUGUGAUUUUGGGACAGGAAUUGAGCUUGGGUGGGACCUCAUUUACUCAGGAACAGAAGAGUUCGAUUCAGUGGCUGCCAGAUUUUUAGGAUCGUCAUAUCGCCUUUUGCAACGAGAUGCUUUUGCAGAAAUUGCUGAAGCUCACAUGAAGGAUAGAAGAAAGGGCUGUAAAUUAAGUAUUAUUUAAAUUUUUAUUUUAAAAACGUUUAUUCUUAAUAUA